AUGCAGUCCCAUGUGACUCAGACUUGGACGAAUUACCAGCAAAUCAUGCGCCGCGAACUGAUACUGGGCCACAGCUUGCUUGUCUUGGCGAAAGAUGACUCCUCUCCUCCUUCGCCUUCGUUUGUUAGAGGAUUUUCGCCUAUGGUUCGGCAUGCAAGUUUGCGGAUGAAGGAAAGGCUGAGAACACGGCUGAGCGAACCGCUCAGAGAGCGUUUAAACCGUUCAAUGACACGGCUGCAUCCGAUGUGUAAAGAUCACCUGGAGAAAGCAUAUGUUGAUGAUGAGACAUCAAGCAGUGGUGAGGACGACGAUCCAGAGCUGCGAGAACUAGAAGAAAGGGACAACAUUGUGAUGAAAUAUGAGAAGGGUCCCGAAUCGAAAGACAUUGAUCCAUGGGAGAAUCCAGAAUUUGACGUGUACGCUAAAAUGGAUCGUUUCGGUUUUGUACACAAGGAUCCAAACGAGGCUACUGAAGAAGAGCGUUCAAAUCGACGUCGCAUUGCCAAGGAAGCGUGGAAGAAAGGUCGGUUGCCGAAGAAGCUCGAAGAAAGAACUUGGAAAGGAAUUCCGGAAAAGUUAAGAUUGAAGGUUUGGCCACGUCUUCUGGGAGCUUACGAACUGAAGGAAACCCGUCCGAAUCUCUACCAGGAGCUAUUGAAGAGGGCUUUGCUCGUGUCCAGAGACAUUAAGCAAAUCGAUUUAGACAUCAAUCGGACUUAUCGAGAUCAUUUGGCAUUCCGAAGACGUUACGACGUGAAGCAACAGUCACUAUUAAAUGUUCUUGCUGCUUAUGCUAUGUACAACACAGAAGAGAAAAACGAUAUUCCUUAUAUUUAUCUAACCAAAUGGUGGUUCGGUUGUUUCCUGGAUCGAGUUCCAUUUUCACUCGCACUAAGAUUGCUGCGUUAUUUCUCAUGUACCUGGACGAAGAAGACACUUUUUGGUGUAUACAUGCUCUUAUGGUCGGCAGAAAACAUACCAUGCAUGUUUAUCUUUCGUUUAGGUUUCUUUGUUCCCGGUUUUCCGAAGUUAUCUCGCUUUGAAACUCAUUUCAAGAAAAUAUUAAAGAAGUAUAAACCACGGGUAUAUAAGCAUCUAGAGAAAAACGAUAUUCCUUAUAUUUAUCUAACCAAAUGGUGGUUCGGUUGUUUCCUGGAUCGAGUUCCAUUUUCACUCGCACUAAGAUUAUGGGAUGUGUACAUUCUUGAAGGGGAUCCAGUGCUUCUCGCGAUGGCUCUGAACAUCAUGAAAAUGCACGAAAAGUCCAUCCGGAAGCUGCAGAUGGAGAAUUUCAUGGACUUCAUACAGAAUACGCUCGCAUCUAAUUUUGGGUAUUCAGACGACGAAACAAUGUUUUCAUUGCGAGAAGUACUCAGCAAACUGAAGAGUGACGGCCUUCACAUCCUACCCCCUCCAAGGCCAGACGAUCUCCCAGAAGUACCAACGAAAGCCCUUGGUCCUAUUCUUUCUCGUCCGAUAUCUUCGAUCCGUGAAGAACAAGAGGAGAUCAAAUCGAGACGCAGUCACGCGGCUUCCGUUGGUCGAUCACCGCACCCACGAAGAUCCAAGAAGCCUAUCCAUUUGAGGACACCAUCUGCACCAGGCUCUAGACGAUUAACAUCCGAUGAUGCAUGUUCCUCAUCCGCAGUUGAAGCAGGAGAGUCGCCAGCAUGUUGCAAAUGGCAAGGACGUUCCUUUCGAAAUCCCAUCAAGGCGUAUGCCAUCUCAAAAUCUCCAGCAUAUACCACCACCGGAUCCCCGGCAGAAUACUCCAACUGGAUUUCCACACAACCGUUCAGUUGGCAGCUGAAACAACCAGCACCUCAAUUGCGAACAUCAAUGAUGCGUGAUGAGCACACAGGAAAGAUGGUCACAGUCGUUCGAGGUGACGAUGACGAUUUCGAAGAUCCUAGACGCGGCCGUGACCAGCCAACCGGCUUGGACGGGAACUGGCGGGAUCCACGACGACAAGCAGACCGUGUGCUCCACACCCAAAAUAAUGUGACCAUAAUCACUCUCGGCGACGACUCUGUUAUAUAA